CAGCAGCGGACUUUAAAAAGUUUUUCUUUGCAAUUGUUUUUGAGUGCAAUGUCUAUUUAUUUACUUUGUCUUACCACAAAUGGAGGCUUACCCAUAUUCACACGCAAGAAAGGAGAUUGUGAUAAUCUUCCCUUCUCGACUGUUGCCUCGCUGAAUGGAAUACACAUGUACUUUAAGUCUCUAGGAAUACAAUUGCAAGCCACACACUCUGAUGACUCUGAGUGGACCUACAUUUGGCGAGACUUUCAUAAUGUCAUAACCAUAAUUGUGUGUGGUCGCGGGAGUGAAAUCGCGCUAAAUUCUCUGAGUGAGUUGGUCUUCGGUGCGAUUGCGCUAUUCGUCAGCCGAGAUGAGAUGGCGAAUCCAGCAUUCCUAGAACGUUUAAAGAAGGAUGCCAAGAACUAUGGACCCAUAGUUGAUGCUGCUUUGGAGGCAGCCAGCGCAGGAUCGCAACUGCUCGGCUAUACGGAUUGUGUACUGGCCUCGGAGAAUGCGCAGCUGCUACAGCGCUUAAACGAAUUUAGUGGACAGUGUGGAUCUUUAUUCUGUUGUCUUGUAGUGGGCGGUCGCAUUGCGGUGGCCACCGAGGGCUGGUGGGACCUGAACACUGUGGAUAGGGAGCUCUUGUUGCUGCUGCUGAAUUCGUCCAGCACGCUGCAGCUGGAUGUGCCUGUUUAUUUGCCCAUCAAGAGUCCAAAUAUAGCUUACCGGUUUGUCAGCGUUCCCGUGGCGGCAAACAGUGUGCUGUGUGUGUUGUGUGGCUCUGAGCCACCGUUCCGCGAGCUGCAUGCACAGGCACUCAGCGCCUAUCGCAACGAUGCCAAUAUGCUAGGAGCCGUGGAACGCUGUGUGCCGCGCAGUCUACCCGAGCAGCUGGACAUUGAUGCCCAUGUGCUGGCUCUCAUACUGAUCAAUACGCAGACGCGUAAGUGCGUUUUCACGCGUAAUUUGCGCAAUCAGUCGGUCAGUGCAAAGCGCAUUAUUGUAGGCGACUUACAGCGCCUAAAUAUGCUGAAAAAAUUCUUUGAUCAGACGUUGGAGGCCAUGCACCAGCUGGAAGAAGGAGGUGAUAGCGAUGCAGGCAAUCAUACUACACUAAUAGACCAGUAUUGGUGCUCGGACUAUCACAAAUGCUUUGCGCAGGCUGAUGAGCAUCACAAUGUAAUUUUUCUGCUUUUUGUUGCUGCUGUACCGACGCACACCAUGAGAUUUGUGGCACAGCGCGUGCAUGCGAAUUUACUACAGGAUAAGGCCGUUUGCUGGUGAGCCGCAACGAGAAACAAACAUAAGACUGAAUCUAUGUAAGAUUAAGCUAUACAAUUUCCGUCCAUUAUAUUAAAAGAAAAAUAUUAAAUCUACUUCUUUAACCAUAACUUAUAAUAUGGUUGGCAUCAUCGAAGCUACUGCAGGUUUGAUAUGAUCAACACUUUUACCCGAGU